AUGAGUCCCUCACAAUUUCAUGCUAAGAAAGAACUCACCCCAAUCGUCACAAAAUCCAACAUCAACAACAACGUUAAUGGAAUGUUACCACCACAUUUGAAAAUCAAUAGAGAUUCUCAUUUCAUUAAAAAACCAUCUUCAUCGCCACCAUCAUCGUCUUCGUCGUCAUCGUCGACAUCAUCGACGAUGAUCAAUAGCAUGGCAGCAUCGAAUAAACCACCGCAACAACAUCGUCACCCUGUGAUAAUCUACACUCAUUCUCCGCGUGUCAUCCACACGGAGCCUAAGGACUUCAUGGCAUUGGUGCAAAAGCUCACCGGACUCUCUCGCUCGGAGGAAAAAGACGACGGGAACAAUAUUGUUCCGUCGUCUCAACAUCAGCCUUUGAAACAAGAGUCCGUCACGAGCAAUAUGAUGGUGGGAGACAAAGAGAAUGAUCAGAAGAAAGUUGUCGUCCUCAGAAACGAGGACAAUGACACAUCGUCGUCUGUGAUCACGGACGAGAACAUUUAUGGUAACAACAUUGGAGAAAAUCGGGAAAAUCAAUGUUUCGUUGCUUCGGAGUCACCAAUGUUUGAGCCUCAGUUUAACCCCUACAUGACAAACUAUUUGGCAUCGAACGAGUUCUUGUACUCGAGUCCACCGUUAUUGAACUACUCAGAUUCAUUUUUCUCUCACAACAUGAUAGCCUCUCUUCCAAACUCUAACACCUUGGAAGGGAUGAAUGAGUUUGGUGACUAUGGACUAUAG